UCCACCACCGCUCUCCUCGGCAGCACGCAGCCAUGGUGCUGCAGAACAAGUACAAGGCUCGCGCAUCGAAGCGCUACAACGCCGCACGCGGCGGCGGCGCAGCCGGCGAGGGCGAAUCAUCGCGCGCAGGGGCUCGAGGACGAGGCCGCGUCCGCGGACGCGGCAGAGGCGGCGCGCACAGCGAUCCCUUCCGCGCUGCCGUCGAGGGUGGAGGAGAGGCGUCAGGCUCGGGAGAGGAGGAGGACGAGGAAGAGGAGGAGGGAGAAGCGGAGGCACAGGACGCCUUCCCGGCGCUGCAGGCCUCCACCGCCGGCGCUGCCUCUUCGCAGGCGCGGCAGUCGAGAGGCGAGGCGGCAAAGUAUGCGCGCCGGCCGAUGGAGAGCAACGCGUGGCGCUAUGCGGAGCCCGAGGCCGAGGUCGAUCCACAUGCCGAGCCGCAAGAGCCCGAGCCCGAAGUAGACCUCUCCAACCUCUUUGCCAAGGUCGCACAGCUCGACUCCUCACGCUCGGCCAUACCUGGACUGCCUAGCGAAGAGCAGAGGAGAGAGUUGGAGGAGGAUGUAGACCGCAGCUUGGCGUAUCUGCACGCGAGACAGCGGGAAAGAGAGCGCGGCAAGGGCGCGGCGGCGAGAGAAGAGGAGAAGGGAGGCGUGGAGAGGAGGGAGAUUACGGAGGAAGAGAGAAGGGAGGAGGAGGAAGAGAGACGGGAGAUGGGAAAGGAGAGGGAGAGAGCCGAGGCACUGCGCGCGCUGAAAGAACGCUUUCGAGGCCAUCGAGUCGGCGAGCGGCCCGAGGGAAAGCCACGCACCAUCACGCUGGACAUUGGAGCGCGGCGCGGCGCUGCUGCGGCCGCCUCAUCGUGUACUGCUGCUCCGGUCGAGAGAAGCGAGAAAGGCGCGAGUUUGUGGAACGACGACGCGGAAGAGGAGGAGGAGGAUCUGGUCGAUCAACUCCUCAGAAGCUCCAUCGCCUCGCCGCCGCCCGUACGGUCACAAGCCGGCGCCGUGCAGCUGCCCGCUGCGCCCGAAGCAGCAGCGCAAGCAGUAGCGCAGGCGCCAGCUGCGUCGCUGGCGUCGGACAGCACGACCCCGAGCAGCACUCCCGUCGCAGCCUCGAGCACAUCCAGCACGAGUGGAGCGAAACGCAUGGGACCACUGGAGCGAGAGCGGCUGCGCAUCCAGCAGCACAAAGAGCAGCAGAAACAGCAGCAGGACUUCCUGGAUGAGAUGCUGGGGUAGCGACCUGCUGACCGCACACGAUGUGGCGCUCGCUGGGCGUGCAAUCUCAUCACUGGUCACUUGGGUCGUCGUUGCCUGGUCCUCGGUUGCGGUGCAUGACGCUGCAGACAUGACAGUCGCGCAGUCGCACAGAGCAGAUAGAGAAGAGA